UUGAAAGGCCCAUUAUCACUAGUAUGAGUAGUACGAAGGUCCAGGAUACCGUGGUGGUCAAAACUUCCGAAGUAGCUGCGGUGAAACCAGUUAAAAAGAAUAGUGCACAGCAGAUAUCUACAUUGGGAGGAUUUAUAUCUGGAGGGAUAGCAGCAUGUGGAGCAGUUACUUUCACCAAUCCUAUUGAAUUGAUUAAGACUCGAAUGCAAUUACAAGGAGAGUUGAGCAAGAAUAGCGAUGCUCCUAAACUUUAUAGGAACCCAGCUCAAGCAUUUGUACAUAUAUAUAGAAAUGAAGGUAUAAGAGGAUUACAACAAGGGUUGGUAUGUGGAUAUUUGUAUCAAUUAGGGCUUAAUGGAUGUCGAUUAGGGUUAUAUGAACCAAGCAGAUACUACCUUACCAAAUAUUUGGACUCUAAUAACUUCAAAGAAGAUGGAAGUAUACCACAAAAUUUAUUUAUAAAUGUAUUAUCGGGGAUUAUAUCCGGGAGUGCAGGAGCAGUGGUGGCAUCGCCAUUUUUCCUUAUUAAGACCCGAAUGCAAUCGUAUUCUAAGGCAUCAAUUGGUGGAGGUCAAGAAGUUGGUCAACAAACUUACUAUAAAAAUACAUUUGAUGGGCUUGGUAAAAUUUAUAAAUCAGAAGGCGUUAAAGGAUUAUUUAGAGGAGUUGAUGCAGCUAUUUUACGUACUGGUGCAGGAUCAGCAGCUCAACUACCAGUUUAUAAUGCUGCAAAAAAUUUCUUAUUAAAGAAUAACGUUGUUAAUGAAGGUUCAAUCGGAUUGCAUUUUCUUGCUUCGAGUUGUGCUGGUUUAGGGGUUGCUAUUGUCAUGAACCCCUGGGAUGUUAUAUUAACCCGUGUUUAUAAUCAAAAGGGUGAUUUAUACAAGGGACCUAUUGAUUGUUUCGUUAAAACAGUUAAAUCAGAGGGUCCUACUGCGUUAUAUAAAGGAUUUUGGGCUCAGUUAUUCAGAAUCGGUCCUCAUUCAAUCUUGACCUUAAUGUUCAUGGAACAGGUCUUGAAAGUUGCCGUCAAGGUUGAAUCCAGAUUAAAGUUAGACUAG